CUGAUAACUGCGCACAUAUUAGCUGAUCUCCAUCGAAGGCACUAUACAGACAUACAGACAUAUCUAUGUUUAAGAGAUACAAAGCUGGGUCACCAGUUACAGAUCAGGUUAAGUGAUUGCGACGAAAAGCGGAGACCAUGACGAACAGAAACGCGCAGCUCUAUAACGUUACUUGAAAUGGAGGGUCCAACUUAGGCUACACCCUGCAGCUAUACCGCGAAUAUGUUAAUAUCGUGAGCUGAGCAGGACACCAACUCUCACAGAACAUGGAUAGAGGGUGGUUUAUUGGACAUGAGAGGAUUCCCCCUUUGAAGGAGACAUCCAGCUCUUACAGCAGUAUCUCAAGGCCCUGCAUGACCAUCAACCUGACUGAAAUGCUUCAAGCUGAAAAACCUAGUGCAGUAAAGAAGCCAGUUCCAAUCCGCCCCCCAAGCCCCAGAGUCUCUCUGCCAAGGGAGUUCCACCACAGUCUCUCCUGUGAACCCACGCCUAAACCCAUCAUCCGACAACGGUCACGCUCUCUGCCUUCCGCCACAGAGAAAAAGAAGCAAUGCAGAAAUGUUGGUGUGCGGUUUGUUGACUCUUUGGGGCUCGACCUGGAAGACAUCAAACUUUUUAAAUCUGCAGAGGAUCCAUUUGUACCACAUCAUGUUACCUUCAGAUUGUUGAUGGGUGCAGAGUUGGCAGAUGGAAGGCAUCUGGAGAUUUCCUUGCCAUACUUGAAACCGGUUUUUGCCCAACAACCUGGAGACCAGCAAGGAUUCCUGCAUCGCCUCAAUGAGCAGAAAGUAUGUCUGGAGAGAGUAUUGUGUUUUGAACUGGGUGUCAUCGGAAUCACCCAGGUCCUCAAUUUGAACUUUGAGAAGGAUGUUAUAGCUCGCUAUUCAUUUACAGAGUGGAAGAACUGCACAGAAACUAAGGCCUCUUGGGUGUCCACCAUCACCAAGACCUGCGAAGGAGGAGGGGGCAAACUCAGUUGUGAUACAUUUCGUUUCCACCUGCCUGUUCCUCCCUUUUUGCAGCCAGGAGCAGUGUUGCAGUUUGCUAUUCAAUACAAAGUAUGUGGGGCUGAAUACUGGGACAACAAUAAUGGAGAGAAUUAUAAGUUAGUUUGCCAUAACUACAAGCUCACUGUGCCCAAAGAAUGUGAGGAUAGCAUGGUGCACUUCAUUUAGGAUACUGACUAAAGUUAGAAGCAAUCUAUUUACACUUGUGCACUUCAUGACUGUUGUCAGCAAGACUUAAUGCAUAACACUGCACUGUGACAUAUAAUGUUAAUAUUGUUAGACUUACAGAAGAUUUCUUUGAAUCAAGUUGGAUUCAAGAUAAACUGUCAACUCUGGCGGACUGAGAGAGAGUGAACACAAACACUAAUGCACUUCUACCUGAUGUCAACUUGCCACAGUGCCACUGUUUUACUUUUGUGUUCUUUUUUUAAAAUGGCACUCUAUGAUUUGAUUUUCCUGGCUAUUCAAAAAAAUGGAAGUGACCCCCAUUGACCGUUAAAUAAAUAUUCAGUGAAAUUGAAAUGAAUGCAUGUCAGUCCACCGUUUUCUUCAAGCUGGGUAUCUGACAUACAUUUAUAGUUUUAUACAAUUAAGUAUUUUUAUCUGUAUUCAGAGUUUAUUUUUUGAGCCAAAUGUUGUCACAACAAAUGCCAAAACCAUGCAAUACUGUAAUACAAUUUAAUUGAAUCAGAAAUUAAUGCAUAUUUUGUUUAACAAUAAAGCACAAUUCCACAUAA